AUGACCGAACUCCGCUGGCCACACGAAUUCUGGAUCGCAGUGAUCCUCGUCUGCGACAUCUUCGGCACCAUCCUCCUGAUCUGCGUCCUGAACAUCUGCGUCGAGCACUACUGGCUAUGGCAAAGAAGGAGGAACAGGAGAUACGGGGAGGUGCUGGAUGCAGAUCUGGAGCUAGGGUUGGGGCCGGGCCUGCAGAAUAAUGUCGAGUAUUAUGAGAUGCAGGACCGGUGGGUCAGGAAGACGAAGGAAGAAGGGGAGAAAGGGGUGGGGGAUGAUUCGGAGGGAUCGUCGCAAAGCUCGACGUUGCCGUGUUAUCGGUCGACGGAUUCGAGAGGGAGUGGAAGUCGGAGCACUCCACCUCCGGAGUAUGCUUCUCAGGCUGGUACGGAGUAG